ACAGUUUGUUUUUGUUUACAAGCUUUAAAUACAGCAUAGACAUAGGCCUACAGCGAGAAUAAAUAUUAAUUUAAUUUAACUUUGGCUUUGAUUUUCAUUUGCGUUGCCAUGUAUAUCAAUAUUUGGAAGAUAAUUGUGAUUAGUAUUGGAAGUCUAAACGCCGAAGUCUGCUACGCAGAAUAUCUAUCAUAUAAAAAAGCUAUUAAUGUGGAGGCGGGAGAAAAUUUCACAGAUAAAAUUACAGAUGGACUUGAUCACACACCAUCAGACCAAUGUUUUCCUCCAGAUAAUGGUCAAGGGGUUGACUUUAUAAAAGUGAAACUCGAGGCAGAGUACAGCGUGACGUCCGUUACGGCAAUAAAUCUUGUCGGUGCAGAUGCAAAUGAAGCGGUGGGUGCAGAGAUACGCAUCGGUAAUAUCUUAAAGAAUAUGAGUGGAGAAAACAUGUGUGGCAACCCAGCAUCUCAGAGUGAUGUGAGUACUAGUGCUAUCCUUGACUUCAAUUGCGUACCUGCACUAAAAGGCAAAUAUGUCAUGAUCUGGCUUCCGAGUAGAGAAAAAAAGUUACACAUCUGUGAAGUACGUGUUUACGGAUAUCUUGAAGCGGAAGAGAGACUGGUUCCACCAAAUCUAUGUUACACCUCAAAAUACCUACAACUAACCUCUGGAAUCGUAAGCAAAAUGAACAGAGUUUAUACUGAAGAGAUGUACGUCAGGGUCCAACAAAUGAUAAUGCCAAAAAUACCAUUCAACGGGCAGCUCAAAUUCAAACAAUCAAUGACCAUCGCCUUCGACAUUUACCCUUACCCUGACUCAAACGGUCCAAUCCUCAUAAUUGGAGACUCGUCUACGAAAUUCGAAAUUAUCCAGAUGAAGUCUGAAGUUGGCAUGUCUAACUCUGAAGUAUCAGUUUCAUAUGCGGGUUCUGUGAUAACGAGCGCCAACAUUCUGUUGCCUGAGACUUGGACCUUUCUAGCUGUAACUUUCGACGUAUUGAGCCAAACAUUUUUUCUCUGGAGGAACGGUGAAAUUGCAAGUUUGUCUACAACUGACUUCUCUAAAUUUGAUGUCAGUUAUGAUCAGUUUGAAUUAGGAAAUUAUGCAGCGAACUUCGAUGGCGUUCAUGCAAAUGUCAGUUGGUUACAGUUCUAUGACCGUGCCUUGGAUGAAGUUGAGAUGAAAGUCGCGCAGAACAAAGAUAUUUCCAAGUGUCCCGGUUUGUUUCAGAUUACCAAACAGCCACAAACUUUCCAAUCUGAUUCCACAGGAGUCCGGCACCAAACAAAGUCAAUCAUCGAAUGCGCUCUCACAUGUAGACACAGUUCUCAGUGUUCCUCAUUUCAUUACAUCGUCGGGUCUAGAACCUGUGAGCAUCAAGCAAAUGAAAACCAGUACCACUCAAAUCUUGGACAUGGAAAUGGUUACUAUUCGUGGAUAAGCUAUGUGCAGUAAUAUCUAGGCCUACGCAUCUUGAACUUGCUUUAUUAGCAAGUGAUGUCAAGGGGAGUGACGAACAGGACGAGAGAAGAUAGGCUUAGGUUUCUUUUUCCCCCUUAGUAAAUGUAUUGCUGUGUGUAGAGGUUAUGCCUAAUAGUAUUUAUAGAUCACAUCUGGUGUCAGCUAUAACCAGUGGCGUAUCUAGGACUUUUGAAAUGGAGGGGAUGGGGAGCAGUGGCGGCUCCAGAGAGGAGACAGGGGGCUUAAAGUCCUCCGCUGGACAGGUCAAUCCACCCCCCCCCCCACCGGACAGAGCUCGUCGGGCAGUCAGACCGUAAAACAUAUAAAAAUAGGCCCACACCAAGCCAACACAUGUCUGUCACAGUCUGAGAGUGCCAUUUCCGGCCAUCAGAGGUUGCUAUUCUUAAAAAAAAUCUCAUUUGGGAGGGAACCCCCUCUCAGCCCCUUCCCUCAGCUCGAGCCUACGAGCUCAAGUCCCCCUGUUGGACAACUUGCACCCCAAAAAAUUAUAUCCUAAAGUCGCCACUGAUGGGGCGGGGCAGCUGACUAGGGUGCGAUGGGUGAAGUGGGGCUCAAUGAUUAGGGGAGGUAAACUGAACGUGAUUUUUUUUUUGGAAGCAUGUGUGCGCGAAUAUUUUUUGGUUGGCGGCGUGCACCCCACUGACUUCAAGGAACAGUGAAAUUAAAUUUUACUGUUCCCUGAUUGACUCUAAAUUAAUGUGAUGCUAUUAUUAUAUGGAAUUGUAAAUUUUUAUCCAUUUUAAUUGACUGUUUAAUAUUACGUCUUUUGAUCAUAUUUUUAUGGAAUUUUAAUGGUUUUACUCUAAUAUUGAAUUGUAAAUUUUAAUACAUUUUAAUUGAAUUCUGUAAUGCGUCAUUUGAACAUAGUGAUGGAAUUUGCGCAAUAUAAGUGAAUAAAUUAUUAUUAAUAAAUUAUUAUAGAUCGACGUGUUCCAGUUUCGAACUUUUAGAGCUUAAAAUAUCUGCAUACAGUAUAGUCUUUUCAAAGCCACAUGUUAAAUGUAGCAGCUUUUUAUACACGAUCCAUUUAUUCUGAGAUCCUUCUAAACUAAUGUUUUCACACCGGGAUUGUAGCACUUCGCUAACUGUUACACCUAAUGUUGCAUCAAGCGUCGAUUUUGAUCAUUAUCACCAUAUCACAAAAUAUAUAAUUCAUUGGUACGUAUUUCUUCGAUACGAUAGUUAAUUUAGUAAAUUGUACGAAAUUAAUUUAUGUUAACGUAUAUAAUAAUAAUAAUAAUAAUAAUAAUAAUAAUAAUAAUAAUAAU